AUGAUUCCAAACGAAGAAACACAAGUAGAAAAUGAUUGGUUAGAAUUUGAAAUAUAUUCAACUAAUAAUUAUGUGCGAGAAAUCUUCGGCUCAGCGCCGUCAUCGUUCACUAUUGUCUUUGACAAAUUCAAACCAGACGCAAUUGAUAUUCCUACGGAUGAUCAGACUAGAAAAAUCAAAUACUUUGAAGAAUUAUCUGAUACGGAUGAAACAGUGAAAAUGGAAAUUAAUGAUAUCCGUACAUGA